AUGGUUGGGCUUUCAUGGUCCUUGAGCGAGAGCGGUGAAGGUGCCGAAAACGUGCUGAGCUCAUUACCGGAUUUGGAUUUAGAGGAGCUGAUUAGUACACGUGACGAGAGUGGUGCCACAAACGCGGUUGCUGAUACUGUUGUGGUAGUAGGCAAGUAUCUCCGGGUUUUAGCGGUGCUGGAAUGGCUUGCCUCCAUACUCAUUUGGACGAUGGAAACCGCACACACUCACAUGCAGAGCCGAAGGUGGUUUACUGAUUUUACAGCGUCAGCGACACAAAAAGUGAUGGCGCGCCUGUUUUGCGUGGAUCGCUCUGUUCAGUUUGAGCGGGCAAGCCUGGCGGCACUAUACCAGAAAAGCCAAAAAGAAAAAGGCAGUAAGGUACAGACGAGGCAGACUGAUGGAUUGAGCACUAGCGUGGAGGUACCUGACGGAUCGGGAUCUGCUACACCAGAGUUCAAUGUAGUAAAACGUGGUGGUAGGGGCACAGGUCUGUGGAAAAUGGGCUCUUUGCUACUUCUGCGCUUUUCACUGAGCAUGCGCAGUCUUUUGACGGCCUAUAGUAAGGUUUUCUUAUCAGCUCCGAUGCAACAUCGCCGAGGAGAUAACAUCGUGGUUCCCUUGACGCCACAUGCUCGAGCACUAGCACGGACGGUUGCGCAAGUCUUAGAAAACCAUUUACUUUAUGUUGUAGCAGUGAGUCGCGCGGCACAGAUCGACACAUUCGUACAACAGUACUACCUCACGUUUCUCUUGGAGUCGAUUUCGAUUGUACUUUUUGAGGGAAAGAAAAAGCAAGCUAACACGUUGCUGCUUUUGGAGCUGAUGAAGCCAAUAGGCGACGUUUCGGAGGUGCAGACUUUAACUGCAACUCCUAUAGUAUCAAACGAUGUUGCAAUGACUCAAGAGGAUGUCUCAGAAGAAGAAGAAAGGGAUACUGUUAAGCUUGGCAAAGUUAUCGCCACGUGUGCCGGUGCUCAAAUCACGGCCUCAAACCUGAUGGAUGUGAUCAUCAAUAUCAUCGAGCACUUUUUUGCCGUUUGUCUCAAAGGUGGACAUGAUGAAGCUAGCAAACCCAGUGCGAAGCCCUCUCAGAUGGCGCUAACGUCUUUUUAUAUUGCAGCAAGCAUUCUCCGAAAUCUGUCUAAUCUGGAAGCUUGGUCUGCGUCGCCGUUGACAGCGGCGUUACUUACUUGUGAUGCAGCUGAGGAAACAGAUGUAGCGCCAUUUCGACUCCGAGAGCUUACCGUGCAGCUGCAUGUUAUGUGUGCGCGUGCAGCUUUGUCAAUUUGGAAGAACCCGAGGUUUCCAAAUUCUUCUAUGGAUUCGUGUAUGGCGGAGGUAAUGCCUAUUGUCGUAACCAUAUUGAAAAAUCGUAUGAGUAGUGACGAUGAAGCAGUGGAAUCAGAUGGUGAGAGUGAGCUGAGUGGUAUAAGCCGUCGUGAAGGGUUGGAGAACGACCGUGAUGGAAACUUUUCUAGCGAGCUUCACAAUGAAGCGUUGCCUCUUCGGCGAGCGCUUUUUGGGGAAUCGCGCAGAGGGGGGCCUGGAGGAAGCACUCGGAGUCCAGUGUUUGUGCCAGAUUCUGAGAUUGUUGAGAGCUUGGUGUCUGUGGGCUUUCCGCAGCUACGAGUUGAGCGGGCACUGCGGCAAAUCCAAGUGAACAACGUGGAGUUAGCUAUGGAAUGGAUUUUAGGUCACCCAGAAGACGAAAAUGUGGCACACGAUGGCGAAACACAAUACGAGGAAGUGCAAGGUGAUAACAGUGCAGCUGCAGAAAGUACGCUCCAUCGAAUGGAAAUUGCGGCAGAUGGAAAGAAGAUGGAUAGAGGCUUACAGGCGCUUUACGUUUUGUUGCGAGACAGCUUUGAAGCAGUCUGCUUUCAGAUGUUGCGUGUUCACGCCGGCAAAGAUAAAUGCGAAGACGCGAAGCGUACAACAGGCUCAGACUCCACGGGAAAAUUGUACCCAAGCCAAAGUUUUGUAACGGUGAUCGCAGAGUGUUUCACCUUCUUGUGCUCACUCUCCGAUGUGGACCGCGAUUUGGUCGUUCAACGUCUGAACACUGCCAUUUUGUAUCACUUCAAUGAAGGCGAAGCUAACGGGGACGAGUACUUGACCAUGCUUACCCACCUAUUGGCGCUCGUGCUUCAGCUAAAUCCUGACACACGUGCUGUGCUGCAACUUCAAUCGCCUUCGUGUAUCGAAAACCUCGUGACGUACAUUUCGGGUGUCGGUCUCUGCAAACGUGGAGAUCUCAAGCCGUCAUGUACGCCAAUAUUACUUGUUUUUGACGCAGUGGUAGCUGGAAUGGCGACCAGACGAUUAUCUUCUUCAGGCGCCUCGUCUGUUGAUGCUGCUAUUGUAAGGAGUGAGACUAAUAUUGAGAGUGAGUCACGCAAUGAGAAGGAUGACCGUGGCCGAAAGAAAGACUUGUCCUUUGAGAAGCAACUUGUCAAGAUUUGCUUGCAAACACUGAAGCGGGCAUCGUCGGUGGCCUCAACGUAUACCAGUAAGGUAGCAGCUCACGCCAUUUGGCAGCUCUUGGUGCGUCUGACGCUCCAGUAUGACUUGUCGUCGUACUUUUCGUCACACGGCGGCCUUGAUGCAGUGCUGGAUAUCCCGGAAAGUUUACUGUUCGCUGGGUACCAAGAACUGACCUGCACGUUGCUCUCGCAGACACUGGAAUCACCCGACGUCCUAGAGCACAUGAUGGAAGAAAAAAUUCGGCGUGCCAUCGCCAAGUUAUCAACGCGAUUUGGUCCGCCAAGCCAGAUGCGUAUCACUCUGCGUGCGCUGUUGACAGAAGUUGCCCCGUUUGCAACUCGUGACGAAAGUGUGUUCCUAAGCGCAUUGCAAAAGUCUGUGCGGGUAAAGAAGUCUGAGUCGGGUCGGGCAUACGUCGUACCAAGAAGUACAAAGGCUGACGGUACCGACACAUUCACAGGGCAGUCUUCUUGUUCUCUCCUGGAUCCGAAUAGUGCGACAAGUGGAGCAAAGGCUUCGCGCAAAUUCCCUAAGGAUCACAAACACGACGCUCACAUUGCUGUGCAAAAGAUCAUUGGUCGCAUCCGUCGAUUGUGGGUUCUUGAGAAGCAUGCCGAGCAACAGCAAAAUGCAGUGGGCAAUGAGGUUGGAGCCAAAUCCGCAGGAGUGUGUGUGGGUAUGUACUUGCAGCUACUAGUCCAUCUGAUCACCCAUUUUCCUGCAUGCGCGACAGUCCUGGCUAAAGGAAAAGAUGAGGCUGGUCUGCAUCGGGAGCGUGAAAGCUUUCUACGUCUCGUGCUGUGCGAAUUCUUACCAUCCCGCGAACUCUGCCAGUUUGUGGCAGCUCGGAAGACUCUGAAAGAGGACGGGUAUUACGGAAACAGUAGACUAAGCAGUUUUGACGUCGAGAUGCUUGUUGCCGAUGUCAAAGAAUUCAUUGACCGACGUACAAGGUUGCGUGUGCAGUAUGCGCACAGGCUAUUGGUCAGCAUUGGCAGCCGUUCUGGCGAAGGUUCAAAGUGUAUUAUCUUACAGCUCGUCCAUUUGCUUCAAGAGUGGCCGCAAAAUGCUGGUGUUAACAUUGCAGGCGGUAACUGUGACUUAACUGUAAGAGAAGAACGAGCGUUGAGCUCUUUGCACGCGUGGUCGGGUUUGAUCAUGAGCAUUUUAUGGCCAAAGGGCUCUUCAAAAGGAUUUGCGUGGGACAAGGUCGUGUUAGGAGGAGGAUUGAGGGGUAAACAUGUUUUUGUGACUCUCCUAGCCAACGCGUUACGACAGAUUGACCUGACACACCCAUUGGCACACGCUAUUUGCACGAUGUUGCUUCGCCCGUUAUCGACACUGACGCGGUCGUUUGUAACACGCCGUAUACGGCGUUUACAAAAAAAGCGGAAUAUUUGCUCGGCUGACUCGGGCAAUGCGAGUUUGGCAGACCGUGAUUCUAACCAGACGUACAACGACUCGGGCGUUGAAGUGUCUGUCGUAACAGCGUUGGCGUCAGUUCCAGAUUUGUCCAUAUCGGAGGAAGCUUGUGACACUGCAGAGUCGGGAAACCGGAAUGGCAGGAUGCAGGUAAUAGAGACAUCCGGACCACCGUAUUCCGAUGGGACCAGAUUUUAUCCGCUACGUGAAGAAGAUGAUGACGACGUUUCGAUGCGAUCUCCAUUUUCGGAAACGGAUGACCACGAUAUGCACGACGACGACGAUGAGCAGAGUGAAGAUGACCGAAGCAGUGUGUCAGACCAUUCUACGGACGAAGGAGAAGGUGAAGAAGAUGAGGAUGAUGAUGACGAUGACGACGACGAUGAGGAAGACGAUGAUGAUGGUGAAGAUGACGACGAUGAUGACGACGAUGAUGACGAAGAUGAUGAUGAAUAUGAUGAUGACGAAGACGAUUUUGUUGAGCACCAGCAUCUGCUCAUAUCUCGCCGCACCGGAUCAAGCCGCCGCACAUCUUCCAAUCGUCUCUGGGGAUCUCUUGAGUCGGACUUAUCGGUUCUAGAUGAGAUGGACGAGGUUGACGAAGAUGAGUACUCCUACUUGAACAUACUCGAUGACGAGGCGAUCUUUGCUGAAGAACAACGACGACGCGCUCGCCUGAUCGAAACACGAAACAGCAGACCAGGAAACAAUGCUAGCGAAGGGAGCCAGCUAGCAGCUGACUCGGAGGACGGACUCGUUGAGACCAUGCGCGAUGCGCUUCUCUUGCACAACAGCAACGUUAGCGGAUCAAUUUCCACAACUAACGGCGAGACUCUCGUGCUGACAUUUGGCGACGUAGAAGACGACGUAGAAGAAGCUCAAGCGGAUUUCGUUGUGCCAAGAAGUUAUGUGGGCAGCGGACGUGCGGUAGGACCUUCUUCAGGAUUGGAAAGUCAAUCGGGGGGCAGCUCCGAUAGUAUGGCUACCUCGCUGCUCCAAUAUAUUGAAGAGCUGCCCGAUAUGCUAGGUGACGAUUUCACUUUUGAAGCAUUUGAUGCAGGUGGUAGAGGCGAUCGAUCACGUCGCGAACGUCAUUCAGAUCGACCUGGUAACAAUGUCUUCGAUCAGCUUAAUUCAGGUACCACAGCGGUACAUCCGCUGCUGCGGUCACACGAUCGCGAAGACUCCAUCAUGGUGCGUAGCACCAGGCGACUGUCACUUCCCCGUCAUUCGUCUCUUUUGCGAGAGCUACAAGAGCUGACUGAUCAAGUUCAGUCACAGCUGCCACCAGGCGGGAGCAGAUUACGACUGGCUCUGGGACGGGACUUGUUGCAGCGCGGAGCAGGGGGAAGUCGUGGUCGACCAUCCAAUCGUGGUAAUCGUUUGUCUGCUGUUAGCAACCUGCUCAGUGAGUUUUCGCUGGAUAUCCCGGCCUCGACACUGCCUUCUCGAGACCAGCGUCUCGGUUUACGAAGGGGUGACCGGGAUGUGUUCAGUGAUAUUUUUGCCGGUGUUGGUUUGCCCCGGGGACUUAGCAGUCGUGCUAAUGACGUGAUUGGCGGUGCAGCUAAUUCGACUAUAUGGCGCUCAGGUGAAGGUCGUGACAUGGAUGUCCGGUCGGUAGCUUCCAGGCUUGAACAACGAAUCAUUCGCAUUUGCAUCGAUGAAGAGGGGCCCGCGGCGAUAGCUGCUGAUCCGCAAGUAGAAGGUGGGACAACCACCCAGCCGCAAGAUGGGGUUGACGACAUCAUGGAAAAUCAUAGUGCUGCUGGGACUCCGCGAAGUGAAGAGCACAGUGCAAGCGAGCUGCAGGCCCAUGAUGAUGCCGCAGAGAGCCAAGCUGGACCGGAUAACUUAACCCAUACUGAUCAAGCCGAUGUACACGACACAGCAACAGAAGCUGCUGUUGUUUUGGAGCUUACCAGUACUCUCGGAGAAACAUCUCUGCUGCGAUCACCACCUGAGUCUGAUGCUGACGUAGACAACGUUGACUCAGAGGCGGAAACGAUCGCUGAGGCGACGAUAGGUUCCUCACCUGAGGCAACCUCCGUACCGACAAGCAGCUCUGACCGCGCAGCCUCACCUCCAGCGCCAGUGGCCGUUUUGGCUACUACAACAGCAGCACCUAACACUUCUGAUGUAAUGAUGAACUUCACUCUCGAUUUGUCUAGAUUAGGCUCGGCUCCGGCGCCACGAGUCGCCAGCAACAUCAAUAGUGGAGUUAUGACCGUCGACGAAGAGUCGAAGUCGGAGGAACUGUCGCGAGCGGAGACACAGACAUCAUCGGUUGAAAUUGUCGCGUCAGAAUUAUCGACUGCAUUGCUUGGACAACAACAUCAGCAGGACUACCAAUGUCCUGAAGGCAUGGAUGCUGAAGUGUUCACGUCGCUACCUUCGGACAUGCAAGCAGAAAUCGUUGCGCAAAGCACGCUGGCAGCUUCUGAAUUGAUAAGGGCUCGCAGUGAUACGGCCACGGUCGGAGGUGGCACACUUGGCUCUGAAAGUAUGUCACAAAUGGAUCUAGAUAUGGCCAACUCGAGCUUCGACCGUGAGACGCUGGAAGCGUUGCCUCCAGAAAUUCGUGCAGAGGUCCUAGAAAAUGAACGACGCGAGCGCGAGGCUGUCGCCCGUGCGGAGACAGCUGACACUUCUCGCGCUCAAGAAAUGGACAAUGCUUCUUUUGUGGCUUCACUAGCACCUGAACUGCGCGAGGAGAUUUUGGUCACUUGCGAUGAUGCGUUUCUGCAGACACUGCCAUCACAGGUUCGUGCAGAAGCCGCUGUACUGCGUGAACGUGUAGCCUUUCGCUCAACCUACCGCGAACGUGGUCAUGGUACUGAGGAUAGAGGUGACAACGACAUGGAGCUGUUUAAUCGUCCUACCCUACGACGUAUGCUGACCUCCCACAGCCCCGAGCGAGGUAAUGGUCGGCGGCGACCUCGCAUGUAUGACGACAUCGGUGGACUUCGUCGUAGCAGCCGCCAUGACUACCGCCAUGGAACUGGAAGUUCAAAGGCUCGCAAGGGCUUUUUGUGUACGGAAAAGGAUGAGGAAGAAGAAACUUGUGAGCGAAUCUUCGACGACCGAUGUGUACGCGGUUUAUUACGGCUACUCUUUAUGACACAAUCCGUCAUCCAGAAUCGUGUGUUCCAGCGGCUACUCGCAAAUAUUUGCUUGUACCCGCUAACGCGACGUAGCGUUCGUCGAAUGAUGUUGCAGUUGGUAUCAUUACCACUUUCAGAGCCCUUGAUUCCUGGCGAUGAUCGAGAUGACGAUGAUGACGGUAGCGGCAAGGUUCAGUUUCCACCGACCGUGAUAUAUGGAUGUGGUAUUGACGGAAAUCGUGCCAUUGGACGAUCUGCGGUACCUACGGAAGUUGUCAACCGCAUAUUGCAUGUUCUUGUGUCGCUUGCUAAGUACAACCCGCGCUUUACGGUGGAAAUGCUUCAGCCUCAUGGUAUGCUUCGUGCCCCAAGUGGCAAUUGCAUGCCCAUGAAAAUGGAGACGCCACUCUUUCGUGAGUGCGGUGUGGCUGUCCUAAUCGACUUGCUAGCGUUGCCGGUAGUGUAUCGCAACGGUACAAACCUGGAUGCGUUGCUCGAGUUGCUCGAGCUGGUUCUGUCACCGCUGGAGUGUCUGAACAAGCCAAAUGGCGAUAGCAAGGAAGAAAAAGAAGGCAGUGAAGCUGAUGCUUUGACCCCAGAAGAUGGCGGCGAAUGGGUUGCGGUCCCGGCAGUCGAGCUGGACGAAACGCGUAUGGGUGAGAUUGUUUCUGUUCUGGGUAUGGAUCUGUGCACGGCUCAAAUGCAGGAGCGCACACUCGCAGUACUGAAGUUGCUCACUCGUGUGCGCAGCAACUGCGAGCUUGUCAUCAACGCGAUUGUACGGCACGCCAGCACGUUGGCCAGCGUUACUCGGCGCAACGCACCAAAUCUUCCUACGGAAAGCACCAGGUUUGAGUCUUCUGCAGUACUGCAGUCGGCUCAGGAUGAGUUAAAGUUGCUACGUCUGCUACAUACCUUGUCAGACGUAUGCGAGAGCACUGCAAAGUUUACUGAGUGCUGCCAAACUAUUGGCUUGGACCCAUUGUGGAAUUUUCUGAGCUCGUCGUUAGCUGAAGCGCGUGCAAAGGGUGGUCUCGAUGAUCAGGAUGGUAGUGUUUCUGGUGCUCUAUCUGCACCUUCAGCCAUCCUGGUGACUGGGUUUGUAGGUCAGCCGGGCGCGGCUGUAGACGAUGCAGAGGGAACUGUCAUUCAAGGCAAGAGUGCAGGUGCAUCAUGUGCGAUGGCAGCACUUUUAGCACGAUUCCUUCCCAUGGUGGAGGCUUUUUUCGUUGUCAACGCCCGUGACGCGGCAUCCAUGUCAUUACGUUUACCAGAUUCAAGUGAGCGCGAAGAAGCAGUUGUGGCAGCACUGAGUGCAGGUGGGUUUGACGGCGCCAGUGCAACUGCACUAAUGGAUGACAAGGAGCAAAAGCCCUCGCCAAGGAGUGCUCUAAAGCGCAGUUUAUCGGCCUUAUCGUCGAUAUCUGAGGCAAAUGAGACGAUGAGACUGGUCAAUUUCGUGGAGUCGAAUCGCAUUCUUUUGAACUUGUUGGUUCGAGAAAAACCAUCGUUACUCGACACUUCUUUGGCUGCUUUGAUCAAGAUAUCUCGCUGCCGAGCUUACCUGGCAUUCGACAACAAGCGUACAUACUUUCAAAGCGCUAUGAAACGCCUCCGUCAAGCAGCGCUUAGGGGCCACGGCGGCGGGAGUUCUUCUGUGCGCAUUCCUGUACGGCGCGAUCACAUAUUUGAAGACUCUUACUAUGCCUUGCGCAUGCGUAGUGGUACCGAAUUGCGGCGGAAGCUGCAUAUUUCAUUUACGGGUGAAGAGGGUAUUGAUGCUGGCGGAGUCACGAGAGAGUGGUACAUGAUUUUGGCGCGCGAGAUGUUCAACCCAAAUUACGUGCUAUUCACGUCAGCGGCGGACUCCCCUACUUUUCAACCAAAUCCUCUUUCUUACGUGAACAAAGAUCACUUAAGCUACUUCGAAUUCGUCGGGAAAGUGCUGGGCAAGGCGGUAGCCGACGGUCAACUUCUUGACGCUCACUUUACGCGCUCGUUCUACAAGCAUAUCUUGCAGUUGCCGAUUUCGUACCACGAUAUGGAAGCCAUCGACCCGGAGUACUAUCGGAAUUUGCACUCUAUCCUGGACAAUUCAAUUGCCGACCUUGGGCUGGAACUAACUUUUUCGGCGGAGCAGUCCAAUUUCGGCAAGUUAGAGGUGGUCGACCUGAUCCCAGGUGGCAGAAAUGUACCCGUGACGAACGAAAAUAAGAUGGAGUAUGUGAAACUAGUCACUCAUCAUCGAAUGGCGACAGGCAUUCGUCAACAAAUUGACGCGUUCUUGAAAGGAUUUCAUCAGCUUGUACCACCGGAGCUGAUCGCUAUCUUUAACGAAAACGAACUGGAGCUGUUAAUCUCGGGCAUGCCUGAGAUCGAUAUUGACGACUUGAAGGCGAACACGGAGUAUGCCAACUACAAGCCUACGGACUCGGUAAUCCGCUGGUUCUGGGACGUGCUGUACUCAUUCACACACGAAGAGCGGGCGCUUUUCCUGCAAUUUGUCACCGGUACUUCUAAGGUGCCUCUGGAAGGUUUUAAGGCGCUGGAAGGUAUGCGCGGCACACAGAAGUUUAACAUUCACAAAGCUUUUGGUAACAACAAUGCGCUGCCCUCCGCACAUACAUGUUUCAAUCAGUUGGACCUACCGGAGUACGAAAGCGAGGAAAAGCUGAAGCAACGUCUUCUACUCGCGAUUCGCGAAGGCUCGGAAGGGUUUGGCUUUGGCUAG